AUGGAUCCUCGCUCUCGUGCCUGCUACAACUGUGCGUUUCUCGCCAAGGACUGCCCUAAGAAGGGAACGCCUACCUGCUACAACUGCGGUGGUGAGGGCCACGUCAACCGCGAAUGCCCUAACCCUCCCAAGGAGCGUACCUGCUACCGCUGUGGCCAGACUGGCCACCUUUCCCGCGAGUGCCCCCAGGCUGGUAGCGGUGGUGCCCCCGCCCCCGGUGGUGGUUCACAGGAGUGCUACAAGUGUGGUCAGGUUGGCCACAUUGCCCGCAACUGCUCCCAGGGCGGUAGCUACGGUGGCAACGGUUUCUCCUCAUACGGUGGACGUCCUCAGACCUGCUACUCCUGUGGUGGAUUCGGCCACAUGGCUCGUGACUGCACUCAGGGACAGAAGUGCUACAACUGCGGCGAGGUUGGCCACGUUUCCCGCGACUGCACUACCGAGGCUCGGGGUGAGCGUGUCUGCUACAAGUGCAAGCAGCCCGGUCACGUCCAGGCUGCUUGCCCCAGCAACUAA